AUGGGAUGGAACGCCCAAGAUCUAUCCCACAACGACUACAAGAAACGGACGAAACCCUCCGGACAGGGAAACGUACGAAACCCUCUGGACGAGGAAACAUACAUUUGGAGCAAUCUUGUUCUAAGCCAAUCAAGUGGUGACACCAGCUACUUGGAGAAGAUAAGGAUGAUCUUAACCAAUAUGGAGAAGACACUCAGCUACUACAAUGGAGCCAAAACCCUGCUAAGGAGGAGAGAGGGCGUGGAUAAGCUCCAAGAAGACCUAAUUCUAUCAGGGAGAGACACCCAGCUGCUCAUGAGAGACAAGAAUCGUCCAAACCAAUCAGACGGAGACACAGAAGUGCUCAAUGGAGACGAAACUGACUUGGACGAAUCAGGAUGCAACACCAACUACUGGGAGAGAGUAAAGCUUCAAGAUUGGAUGAGAAGCAAGUGUAGAAGAGAAGAAACGGAUUGGAUCAAGAGCUGA